CGGAAACUGUCGAGAUUCCUGAUAGUGCCACCGUUGUGCCGGGUAGAUCGGACCUUUGAUACCUGCUCAGUAAUAGAACUAAAACAGAUAUCAUCAGUGGAUUACAAUGGGGAAAUAUCGGACCCUGUGCAUAUGUCUGCCUCUCAUCUGUAUCAUGGUGUUUGCUAUACAGCGACAUUAUUACUCCAGACGUAUGACUUCUACGUUCCUGGCCACCCUCCCAAGUGAAUUACAUUUUGUACGACCUGUGCAGUUACCGUAUGCUAACCUGAAUACUGAUUCUGUUCAGAAUGAGGCUACAGCGCCGACACCAAAGAUAAACCCAACUCCGCAUCAUACCGAUGACAUCUUACUCGACUAUUUGAAGGAAACAGAAGUUACAAAUGUGAAUGACCUUGACCGUUGGACUAACAGCAACCGAAGUUUGACAGUAGUUACUGCCUUCUUCGACAUUGGUAACUAUCCAAGAGGAGGCAAAGAAACCCGAGGACCAGACAAGUACAAACAGUGGAUACGAGUGUUCGCCUGGAUACAGAAUCCUGUAGUCUUCUAUACGGACAGUGAAGAGUUUGAGAAGAUAUUUCUUGAUCUUAGACGAAAUGUGACGUCAAACACAAAGGUCAUCCGCAUAUCGCGUGACUCAUUGUGGUCGUUCCAAAUGAAACCAAAAAUAGAACAGAUUUUCGCAAAUCCCAAAUAUCCGAAAGUCAAGCCAUAUACGACAGUUCCAAAUUAUACAUGUAUAACACAUUCGAAGUUCCCCAUUAUUGCUGACGCGGCGAAAAGGAACACAUAUUCUUCUAAAUUCUUUGCUUGGGUUGAUAUUGGCUACUUCCGGGAAAUCGAAAACGCCACGAAGAAAUUUUGGUUGGAAGUCCCUACAGAAUUCGAUAGAACUAAAAUUGGCGCUACUCGAAUUUUUAAUAAUCGGCUUGCAGCAAAUCCAAGCACAAUCAUCAGAAUUCACAUGAACUGGAUCGGCGCGGGUAUAUUUCUUGGGGAACGCGAUGUAUUUUUAACAUUUACAAAACAGUACAAGCUGUCUGUGUUACGGUUUUUAGAGAAAGGCCUGAUAACCGUCGAGCAGUACAUGCUCGGAGCAAUGUAUUCAAGAGUUGAGCGUAUCGCUCAUCCUCAGAGAGUUGAUAUACAGGCAUUUAAGCCGGUCAACGGAAGGACGAAGACCACUGACCCCUGGUUUUACCUCGGGUUCCUCAUGUACAAAGAGGUUAAUUAAGACUGUUGAUCCUUAUGUCCAAAGAUGACGUAAAGUUGGGAUGACUUUCGUGUCCAAAGAGAUGACAUAAGAACUGUGAUCCUCUUGUCCAUAGAGGUAAUGUAACAAUCAACCACUGUGUCCAAAGAUAUGAUGUUAAAUCAUUAGCCCUCGGGUCUAAAAUGAUGAACCUCCGUCACACCUUGAUUGUUUGUCGUUUGAUUACUUCGCGUACAAAAUAAAGUGAAUUGUUGAGGUUAUUUCAAUAUCCGAAGUACCAGAUCGUGUAUCCGUAACACAUACUCUAUUGACAGAUGUUGCUGUGCACGUUCUGUCUACAUUGCUGUUUACGCAAUAGCGCGUGUAGUGUUAAUCUGAGGACAUUUCCGAAAUAAUAAACUUGAUAAUAUAUUGCGCGUGAUGUUUUGUUUCAAUUCGCCAUCAAACCACGUACAAUGUGCAACUGGUAGUUUUUCGGGGACGGUGCAGCCAGCGGACCUAUCCUCAAAGUGUAACGUGGAAGCAUGUGGAACGGACCUAUCCUCAAAGUGUAACGUGGAAGCUUGUGGAACGGCCCUAUCCUCAAAGUGUAACGUGGAAGCAUGUGGAA